UACAACGGUAAGGAAUACAUACCACAGCGAUCAAUUCAGGUCACAACCAUAAGGAAUAUUUAUCGUGGCGACAAACACGGUAUCCAACGUGUUACUUGGAAGAGACAAAUGUCUGCCUCUAGCCAGUUCAGUGACUGUGACUGGUUUUAUCACAUUCCUCAGAAACCAACCAAAGCUGACAAAGGUCAAGUGCAGCUUCCACCAACUUCCCAGAUCCCGGGUUUGAGUAGGCUUGCAGAGCCUCACAAGGAGAUCACCUUUGACAGCCGUAAAUUAUGGAUUAGGGACACAGAUUCAGACUAUGUGAAAUUAGCCAAACAAGGAGGCAGGGCAGAUUUGCUGAAACACUAUUCCCCUCCUCCAAGGAAAUCAUCCCCGGUUCCCUGCUCACAACCAGAAUGGUUCGUGCAUGCUCCGUCACCUUCUAAGAACAAGGAAGUCCCUAAGUGGUAUUUACCAGAAUACAUGGUUCACGAGGAGUUUAUUCGCAGCCCUUCUCAGAAUAAAUCUGGAAAGGUACCUCAUGACCCUGAUAAGACUGCAUUGGAGAAGGAUACAGAAGACAAUGAGAAGGAAAAUAAAGUAAAGCUGAAGUUGCCAGAAAUCAGAGAAAGAAAGCAAAAAGAGAAAGCAUAUACUAAGAAGACAGUACAAGAGGACAGCUUGGAAAAUAAAUUUCCAGCCAUGCCUUUACCAAAAAAGAAUGAACCUAUAAACUUCACCAAAUUAAUUACUAAUGGAUAUGCUGAGGACUGGAUUCAGCAGCAACAAGAAUUGAACAAGAAGAUAUCAUCAAGCGUUAAGGUUAACCAACCUGGAGACCUGGUUCCUCACGACAAGUUCCAGGAGAAGUUAGAAAAACAAGAGCUUCUUAGAAAUACAAAGUCAUGGGGAAAGAAAGCUAUUUCCACUAAAAUGAACCAAAGUGUAACCUUCAGAGACCCUGUGAAUGAUUCCGAAGCUAAAACAGCAUUAAUUCUGAACAAAUCUAGAGACAUGCCAGCUUGAAUUGACACAAGCAGACAAGAUGUGAAACCUCACAUGUCAUGCAGAUAUUAAUCAUCACAGGACAAAAUAAAUCAUGCCUAUUAAAAGUGGACAGCUGCAAGAAAACAGUGACUAGCUAUCAGCUCUAAGAAUUUCAUGUAAUUAUUUACGUAACAAUUAAUAUGUAUUCCUUCCAUUAUAACACCUUAAUUUGAAUUGCUUUAAUAGUAAAAGAGACAACUUAAUUCUUCUUGAAUGGGCCUUUGUUAAUCCAGCAAUAUUUACAAUUAAACACCAUUGAGUUAUAAUGUGUAAAAGAUUGAUUUGAGUACUAAAUAUCAGUGACUAGUUACAGAGUACAAAAUAAUCACUGAGGACCAUGAUAUGCUUCACCAUUCAGCUGAUUGGACAUAUUAGUAUCUAUUGUAUUUCAAUGAAAAGUUCUUUAAAAUCAAUGAAAGCUUGAGGGUGAUAUUCCUUUUAUAUUAAAAGACAAACUUCAAACAUCAGUGUGUAUGCAAUUGUUCAAUGAUUUAAAAACUGGUACUUACCCUCUCAUGCUCAUUUUCUGCUGAACUAUUUUGACCUUUACAAACUACUAGAUCAUAUUUUACACUAAAACAGUGACUGUUCUAGAGGCCAAGAUACCGCUCAAAUUUAAAGAGUAUAUAACAUGAAAUUUAAACAUCUUCAUCACACACUUUUCCUUCAGUUAAUGAGCAAAUGUUACAUAAUUCUUCAUGCAACACACAAUAUUGUACCAUGUUAGAAGUAUUUGCCUACAAGUGGACGGAAAAGCCUAUUCUGGACUUUCCUUAUACAAUCCUUACACUGCUUCGUAACCAUAUUGAUUAAAAUAUCAAGCAUGGAAAAUAUCCACAAUUAUUUUCCUAUCUAACCUCACUUUUUAAAAUAACUGCUUUUAUAAAUUGAAGACUACUCAUGUUGACUGUGCUACAUUUAUAUGUUGUCAACUACACUCAAUCUAAGAUGUUGAUAGUUUUGCUGCCAUAUGUCACCUAGUACAUUUGAUUAAUGGAGAUGGAUAUAUCAUUCAUGUAGCAUGUUACAUAUAACAUAUGCUGUAUUAAUUAUGCUAAAUAUUACAAAUACAUUCUGUGCUAUACCAAUUGUUGCUGACAGAAUCCUGAAUUUAUAAAACUACUUACAGUUCUGUAUUUAGAACAGUUGCAUAAU